AUGCCCGAAUACUUCCAGGAUCAAGCCGCGGUGCAAAAACCUCUUCUAUCCCCCGGUAGUGAACACGCUCCUUCGGUGUUGGCUGUAGAUGCGAACCCGCGGGGAGAUGAUUCGGGACCAGAGACGACAGUGGAUGACAGCGAUGAGCAAAAGAAGGGGGUUCUGGCAUUCUUCAAAACUAAAGAAUUCUAUAUAACUCUGCUGCUGGGACAAAUCCUAGCAAUCACAAACACUGCAACCGGGACCUUCAGUACGCUCCUCGCGGAUCGAGGAACGUCGAUUCCUGCAUUCCAGACCUUGCUAAACUACACGCUUUUAAAUCUUAUCUUUACCUCCUACACACUUUACCGGUACGGCAUCAAGGGCUGGUUCCAGAUGGUGUUGAAACAUGGCUGGAAGUACAUAAUCUUGGCUUUUUGCGACGUGGAGGGCAACUAUUUCGUGGUCCUAGCAUAUCGCUAUACAACCAUGCUCAGCGCCCAGUUGAUCAACUUCUGGGCUAUCGCGGUGGUUGUAGUCGUUUCUUUCCUAUUCUUGCACGUCCGCUACCAUGUUUCCCAGGUCCUGGGGAUCCUGGUGUGCAUUGGUGGGAUGGGCGUCUUGAUCGCGUCUGAUCAUAUCACAGGUACCAACGGUGGCGAAGUUCCGCGCGGCGAUCAGAUCAAAGGCGAUCUCUUCGCCCUGCUGGGCGCCACCUUUUACGGGUUGGCGAACACGGGAGAGGAAUAUUUUGUCAGUACACGGCCGGUGUAUGAAGUGCUCGGUCAGAUGGCAUUCUUUGGUAUGCUCAUCAAUGGCACUCAGGCAGGAAUCUUUGACCGGGAAUCGUUCCGUAAUGCCGUCUGGGACGGCAAGGCGGGCGGUUACCUGGCUGGGUUCACUCUAUGUUUGACGCUGUUUUACUGCCUUGUGCCGCUUUUUUUUCGUCUCGCGUCCGCGGCGUUCUUCAACAUCUCGCUACUGACGAUGAACUUUUGGGGGGUGGUUAUUGGCGUCAAAGUGUUUCACUACACCAUCCACUGGAUGUACCCGAUUGCCUUUGUGCUCAUUAUCGUGGGUCAGCUCAUCUACUACCUGGGCCGCCGGGUGCUCGGUGAAGCCCGGAAGCCUUGGCUUGGUCAAAACCAGGAACACGGGGUGGCUGGUCUCUUUACCGCCAAGCGGAAAAUCAACUACCAGACUAUGUCGAGUGAUUAUCCGAGCGAUUGUGGUCCUAUCCUAGGCAGUUCUAGCGGUGUUUCGGUGUGA